AUGGCCUCACUUGAGGUACCGCUACCGGCAGGUCUCGGAAAAACCGAAGCCUUCGGUUGGACUGCGACAGCCAACAUUGAUUUUGUCGCAUUGGGCUUCACUGUGACGGAAUCCUACAAUAUCGGGUCUUCGUAUACUUGCAAUGGCGGCCCAAAUGACACAGUCUGCGUCUGGUACAAGGUUGCGAACACUGCAUAUGUUGGUCGAGUUCCGGAUGUCUUUCUUCCCAUGAAUGACUGUGACAAGCACAGCAAGCAAGUUCUCAUAGCCGCCCCAAACCUAGACAAUGAUGGUGGUGGAAUGCAAGGCUAUGAACAUUGA